AUGGAUCGAAAAGAUGCCGCGGUCAGCAUAGAGAGCAUUCAAAAUGGUGAGAUCGAUGUUUUCGACCUGGACGAUGCAGUCGCUCCCGCCAGUGGCAAGGCCGACAUGCCCCAUCAGUUCAAUUGGAUCUCAACUCUUGGGAUAUCCUUUUCCAUCACAAAUUCUUGGGCUGGCUAUUUGAGCAAUUUCGGCCAAACUCUGGCUUAUGGUGGUCCUCGCCUGGUGAUAUUUGGGUUUAUCUGUGCCAUUCUUGUGCAGUUUAUUGUAGUCCUCGGGCUCAGUGAGCUGGCAUCGGCCUUUCCAUCGAGUGGGGGUCAAUAUCACUUCUGCUAUAUGCUCAGUCCAGCAAAGUCAAGAAGAUUUGCUGCCUUUGUGGUCGGAUGUAUGUCUGUCCUAGCAUGGUGGAUAGUGACAUCUUCCGGUAUCUCGCUUGUCACUGCCUCCCUUGCGGGAAUUGUGAAUUUCUGGCAUCCAGAGUAUGCGGCCUCUCAAUGGCAUAUAUAUCUGAUUUAUAUUGCCAUAGCUCUGCUGACAUUGAUCCCGAUAUUCGUGGCUCCAAGCAAAAUCCACUGGACAGUUCAGACGGCUCUUUUCUUAUCCCUCACGGGCAUGGUCCUGGUUUUUAUCAUCACACUUUCCAUGUGCAGGCAAAAGCAACCAGCUUCAUUCCUGUUACAAUCUGGAUAUGGGAUAUCUGGCUGGAAUGACGGUACCGCAUGGAUGUUGGGAGUCAUGAAUGCAAUGUAUGCCAUCACAGGGACUGAUGCGGCUAUUCAUAUCAGCGAAGAACUGCCCCAGCCUGGGAAACGUGUUCCCCAGGCUAUGAUAAUGAGUGUAUUUCUGAGUCUCGCCACAUGUUUACCUCUGUUUAUUGCCUUGAUGUUCUGCAUGUCCGAUAUGAAUGCUGUGGUGAGCUCGGCGCUUCCAAGCAUGGAGUUGGUCUAUCAGGCGACCCAGAGUAAAGGUCUUACCACCUUCUUGUCAGUGUGGCUAAUGGUUGUCUAUGCCGCCUCCAUUCCAUCUCAAUGGGUGACAAGCAGUAGAAUUGCAUGGGCACUGGCACGCGAUAUUGACUCCCCAUCCGCACAAUAUCUCGCUCAAGUAGACCCCAAACUCAAGUUUCCUGUCCGAGCGACCAUGGCCACAUUCAUCUUCAUCGCCGUAUAUAGCCUGCUAUACCUUGUUUCCUCCGGCGCAUUCAACAUGAUCACCAACUGCGCAGUUCUCUUUCUCAAUAUUACUUAUGUGGUACCGCAGGGUUUAAUCUUGACCUCAGGAAGGUCGGAGGCGCUUCCACAUCGAUAUGUCAACCUCGGUCUCCUGGGCUAUUUCUGCAACGCUUUUGUCGUUUUGUGGAUUGUAGUUCUGGGGGUGUUUGUCUGUCUGCCGCUUGCGCUACCGGUAGAAGCGGAGGUGAUGAACUAUACAUCGGUUGUGCUCGUGGGGCUGUUUGCCCUUGUGAUCCUGUUGUGGUAUCGACUGGGCAGACGAGCAUUCCAGGGUCCUCAGAUUGACUGGGAAAUGAUUCAAACUGUAAAUGCUGUUACCAAGUGA